AAGUUCGAUGUAUUUAUUUGACCAGGCUUGUAAGAAAGAGUGAUAUCAAGACAUUGAGAACGUACGAAAUAUAGUCGAAGGUGAAAAACGUAAAUCAUGGCUGACAUGGAAACGUACGACGAUAUAGUGGUACCCACCACAACAUUACCAGUUGCACUUUCCGCAGAAUUACCAGAAAUCAAAUUAUUUGGUCGUUGGAAUUGUGACGACGUGCAAGUGAAUGAUAUGUCGUUGCAGGACUAUAUCGCUGUGAAAGAGAAAAAUGCAAAGUAUCUGCCACAUUCUGCUGGACGUUAUGCUGCGAAACGAUUUCGAAAAGCUCAGUGUCCCAUCGUCGAACGUCUUACAAAUUCUUUAAUGAUGCACGGUAGAAACAAUGGGAAAAAGUUAAUGGCAGUAAGGAUUGUAAAACACGCAUUUGAAAUAAUUCACCUGCUUACGGGUGACAAUCCCUUGCAGGUUCUCGUGACAGCUAUCAUUAACUCAGGACCAAGAGAAGAUUCUACGCGUAUUGGCCGUGCUGGUACGGUUAGAAGGCAGGCGGUAGACGUUUCUCCAUUACGAAGAGUAAAUCAGGCUAUUUGGUUGUUAUGCACCGGUGCUAGGGAAGCUGCAUUCCGUAAUAUUAAGACAAUUGCCGAAUGUUUAGCCGAUGAACUCAUCAAUGCUGCCAAAGGUUCGUCUAAUUCUUACGCGAUUAAAAAGAAGGACGAACUCGAACGUGUCGCUAAAUCUAACCGAUAAAUAUGUUUACACGUGAGAACAUAAAAAUAAAUGAUUUACGUUUAAA